AUGUCUAUGAAAUUCGAAAAACGAAAUCGACCGCCUCUGUCCUGUGAACCAUGUCGCACACGGAAGUUGAAAUGCAACAGACUUUCACCCUGUGAUACCUGCAUUAAACGCAACGUGCAGUCAGCAUGUCAGUACGCUUCUAAUGCUGUACGCGGCAAGAUUCAUACUUCAAGACAACGUGCCUUGAGCGAUAGACUGAAGCGUCUCGAGGAUUCAAUCCAAUCAUUUGUUGCGGGAGAGAAUGUGUUCCAGACAUACCUGCAGCCACAAUCAGGAGGGGUACAUACGUUUAGUGAAGGUGGAAGCCUUCCUAGUUCUCAUGGAGUUCUUGUCGCCCCGACUAGGCUGCCUACGAGCAAUGAACCUCGCAUCGGAGACCAACAUCUUCAAGAGAAAGCGGUGCCCAACACUCUUCAUACCCAUCAAGGUAGAAACAGCCACGUUGAUUCCAGUCACUGGGUUUCUAUUUUGGAGGAUAUUAAGGAAGUUCGAGAAAGUUUGUCUGCCGUUGAUCCCUUCUCUCUCAUCGAGCCGGCAAGCGAUGGUGGAAGUGAACAUCCAGACUUGAGCCUUGCUCUUGGAUCAGAACAUCGAUUGAACAUCAAAGAUAUACUUGUCUCGCUACCCACGCGCCCUAUCUGCGAUAUGUUGGUGUCCCGGUAUUUCAAUGCUCGGUACAUGGUCCUAGGUAUUGUGCACUCGGGAAAGUUUCAGGAUGAAUAUGGAGAAUUUUGGAAAUCGCCGCAAAAGGCGUCCGUGCUUUGGAUCGCGCUUCUAUUCAGUAUCCUUAGUGUAUCGGUUCAUCUUCGCCUAAAAGUGAACACAGACGGGACUUUGAAUGGUUCAAUUCCAUCGCCCGAUAUCCUCCAACAAAAGGCAGCACAGUGCCUUAUGCUGGGAGGAUAUAGAACAGCCAAUGCGUAUGCAUUAGAGGCAUUGCUUCUUUAUACCCAGAGCGGCUUUUUGAGUGACAUGAAAACUAGCUCCCGACAAUGGUUCGACAUAGGGAUCAUACUCAGGUUAGCAUUUCGCAUGGGCUACCACCGUGACCCUAGCACUCUACCAGGGGUGAUGACGCCAUUUGAUAGCGAAAUGCGACGCCGGGUAUGGCUGCAUAUCUUCCAGCUGGACGCGCUCUUGAGUUUCCAGAUAGGCCUUCCAAGCAUGAUACCAGCUGAGUGUUGUGACACCCAUUUCCCCAGGAAUCUAUACGACGCCGAUCUCUAUGUUGAGAUGUCGGCAUUGCCUCCAACUCGACCGUCCUCGGAAUAUACUCCUGUCCUCUACGGUAUCUCCAAGGCCGGGGUAAUGAGCAUCUUCAAAAAGAUCGUUGCGCAUACAAUGUCGCUUGCAACGCCAUCUCACAGCAGAACCAUUACUUUGGAUGCCGAGAUGAGAGGCGCUUACACUCUGGUUCCCGACUUCCUAAAAUGGAGAGACAUCAGUCAAUCUCUCAUGGACUCAUCCGAGGUAAUCCUGAACCGAUGUACGAUCGAACUCCUGUACCUGAAAGGCCUCGUUGUUCUGCACAGGCGGUAUAUCCGAUAUGAGCACCAAGACGCCAAAUCCGAGUCUUCACGACGCUUCUGUGUAGAAGCAGCUCUUGAAAUCCUCGCCCGCCAAGCAGACAUGCAUCAAGCAUUUCAGCCUGGCGGUCGUCUACAAGAAGACCAGUGGAUGAUUUCCUCACACACAAUCUACGAUUUCCUCUUAGCUGCGAUGGUCAUCUGUCUGGAUCUAUCUGUGCGCCUCGAAUCUCAUGCGACGGCGUUUGUAGACGAGCGCGCAGACCACGGCUUUGUUUCGAGGGAGAUUGUUGCACUGAAAAACUCCCAACAGAUUUGGGCUGCUAAUAGUCACCGUUCGCCGGAAUCUCGCAUUGCGUCGCUUGCGCUGGACUUGAUGGCCCGUAAGGUGGCUGAGCGUCAGGCUACCUUCUCGUGCGAGGAGGCUGCGUAUAUGGACAUUCCUCACGUGAGCCUGGAGCUGCCCUACAUGGAGCCAAUGUCGGAAAUGAUUGAUGGGUCUGAGACCCUAGACUGGCUCUUGUUGGACCAAUAUUUUCAGAACUCUGGUCUCGAGGCGCCUCGAGACCCGAGCAAUGAUAUGGGUGGGUUAUUUACGGAUGAUCCUGGAACAUUUGACUCUUGUGCAUAUUAG